AUGGCGAGCCUCCUGCGCGUCGUGGUGUCCAGCUGCUCAGCCCCAGUGCUCGGGGGCGUCUCGUCCGUGAAGGUGCAGACCAGCCCUGCCGUCAAGUUAACAUGUGUGCGGUUUUUUAGAACCCAUCAAGCUCUGUGGCGGAGUGCAGGCCCAGGAAUCCCAUACAAGCAACUCACCGUCGGCGUUCCCAAAGAGGUUUUCCAGAACGAGCGACGUGUGGCCCUGUCUCCAGCUGGCGUCCAGGCGCUCAUCAAACAGGGCUUCAACGUCGUUGUGGAGUCUGGAGCUGGAGAGACCUCCAAGUUUCCUGAUGAGCAGUACACUCAAGCCGGAGCAGCAAUUAAAGACGUGAAAGAUGUGCUGGCGUCUGACCUGCUGGUGAAGGUGCGCGCCCCCACAUUUAACCCUGCUUUGGGCGUUCACGAGGUGGAUUUGAUGAAGGACGCGUCGACUUUAGUCAGCUUCAUCUACCCAGCUCAGAACCCUGAACUGAUGGACAUGCUGUCUCAGAAAAAGGCCACAGUCCUGGCAAUGGACCAGGUGCCCAGAGUCACCAUCGCCCAGGGUUUCGAUGCACUGAGCUCCAUGGCAAACAUUGCAGGGUACAAGGCAGUCGUGUUGGCGGCUAACAGCUUUGGACGUUUCUUCACCGGACAAAUCACAGCCGCUGGUAAAGUGCCCCCUGCAAAGGUGCUGAUUAUCGGAGGAGGUGUGGCAGGUCUGGCAGCUGCUGGUACCGCCCGGGCCAUGGGAGCCAUCGUCCGCGGAUUUGAUACCAGGGCUGCAGCUUUGGAGCAGUUUAAAUCUCUCGGCGCAGAGCCGCUGGAGGUGGACAUAAAGGAGUCGGGAGAAGGCCAGGGAGGUUACGCCAAGGAAAUGUCGAAGGAGUUCAUAGAGGCAGAGAUGAAGCUGUUCGCCAAACAGUGUCAGGAAGUUGACAUUGUCAUCAGCACGGCUCUCAUCCCCGGUAGGCGGGCACCAAUUCUCAUCACCAAACCAAUGAUAGAGAGCAUGAAGGAUGGUUCAGUGGUGGUGGACAUGGCAGCCGAGGCCGGAGGGAACAUUGAGACCACGGUUCCAGGAGAGCUGUCCGUACACAAGGGGGUGACUCACAUUGGCUACACAGACCUGCCCAGCCGCUUGCCUACACAGUCCAGCACUCUGUACUCCAACAACAUUACUAAGCUGUUGCGGGCAAUCAGCCCAGACAAGGAAAACUUCUACUUUGAUGUCAAGGACGUGUUUGAUUACGGGACCAUGGAUCACGUUGUGCGAGGAUCCAUUGUCAUGCAGAAUGGGAGGAACUUGUUCCCCGCUCCUCAGCCCAACAACAUUCCCACCGCUGCUCCUCCUAAACCCAAGACCAUCCAGCAGAUCGAGGCAGAGAAGGCCGCGCAGGUCUCCCCCUUCAAGGCCACACUCACCACAGCCAGCAUGUACACUGGAGGUAUCGGCACCCUGCUUGGCCUGGGCUUGUCGGCUCCCAACGCCGCCUUCACUCAGAUGGUCACCACCUUUGGUCUUGCUGGCAUCGUGGGAUACCACACCGUUUGGGGAGUCACUCCUGCUCUGCACUCUCCGCUCAUGUCUGUCACCAAUGCCAUCUCAGGUCUGACAGCUGUGGGUGGUCUGUCCCUGAUGGGAGGCGGCUACUUACCAUCUACUACUGCAGAGACAUUGGCGGUGCUUGCUGCCUUCAUUUCUUCGGUCAACAUUGCCGGUGGUUUCCUGGUGACCCAGAGGAUGCUGGACAUGUUCAAACGUCCCACCGAUCCUCCCGAGUACAACUACCUCUACCUGCUUCCGGCUGGCGUGUUCAUCGGAGGCUACGCUGGCGCUCUGCAGGCUGGAUACAAUGUGGAACAGAUGAUGUACUUGGGUUCUGGUCUGUGCUGUGUCGGUGCCCUUGCGGGUCUGUCCAACCAGUCCACGGCCCGCCUCGGUAACGCUCUGGGAAUGAUCGGAGUCGCAGGAGGGCUGGCUGCCACUCUGGGUGCCCUCAAACCCAACCCCGAGCUCUUGGCGCAGAUGAGCGCGGCCAUGGCUGUGGGUGGCUCUGCUGGUUUGGCCAUCGCUAAGAAGAUUGAGAUCAGCGACUUGCCUCAGCUUGUGGCGGCGUUCCACAGCUUGGUGGGGCUGGCUGCCAUGCUCACUUGCGUGGCCGAAUACAUGAUCGAGUACCCUCACUUUGCCACCGACCCCGCGGCCAACCUGACAAAGAUAAUCGCUUACCUCGGCACUUACAUUGGUGGAAUCACUUUCAGCGGCUCUUUGGUAGCGUACGGCAAACUGCAAGGUAUGCUGAACAGCGCUCCGCUGAUGCUCCCUGGUCGUCACGCUCUCAAUGCCACGCUCAUGGCCGCUAGCAUCGGCGGCGUGAUCCCCUACAUGCUGGAUCCCAGCUACACCACUGGCCUGACCUGUCUCGGAUCGGUUUCUGCCCUCUCCGCUGUCAUGGGUGUAACUCUGACUGCAGCUAUCGGAGGAGCUGACAUGCCGGUGGUCAUCACUGUACUCAACAGUUACUCUGGCUGGGCCCUGUGUGCCGAGGGCUUCCUGCUCAACAACAACCUGCUCACCAUCGUUGGAGCCCUCAUCGGCUCGUCUGGAGCCAUCCUCUCAUACAUUAUGUGUGUGGCCAUGAAUCGUUCACUUGCUAACGUGAUACUUGGGGGCUACGGCACAUCCUCCACCGGCACGGGAAAGCCCAUGGAGAUCACAGGGACACACACAGAGGUCAACGUGGAGCAGACUGUCGACAUGAUUAAAGAGGCCCAGAGCAUAAUCAUCACUCCAGGUUAUGGACUUUGUGCUGCAAAGGCCCAGUACCCCAUUGCUGAGCUGGUAAAAAUGCUCUCAGAGGCUGGCAAGAAAGUCAGGUUCGGUAUUCACCCUGUCGCCGGCCGUAUGCCUGGUCAGCUCAACGUGCUGCUGGCUGAAGCAGGCGUCCCGUAUGACAUCGUCCUGGAAAUGGAGGAAAUCAAUGAGGACUUCCCUGAAACUGACCUGGUUCUGGUGAUCGGUGCCAACGAUACGGUGAACUCGGCCGCCCAAGAAGACCCCAACUCCAUCAUCGCUGGCAUGCCGGUGCUGGAGGUCUGGAAGUCGAAGCAGGUCAUCGUGAUGAAGCGAUCGCUGGGCGUUGGAUACGCAGCGGUGGACAACCCCAUCUUCUACAAACCCAACACCGCGAUGUUGCUCGGGGACGCCAAGAAGACGUGCGACGCUCUGCAGGCCAAGGUCCGCGAAACUCAGAGCCAAUAACGCGACCCUCGUUUUGGAGACACGUCGACCUGCGAGCACAAACAAAGAGGAAAGAUUUCAAAAUUCAUCUCUGUACAGCUGUAACUUCACAGAUUGAGUAAAGAAGAAAACUGAAUGGAGCAGUUUUUGGCAUCCCUCCCUUCCUGAGAUCUAAAAAUAAAGGAAUAAUGUCCUGUGCAGUGAAAUCCAUGCGAUACAGAUACUCUAUAGUCAUUUGUAACUCAUGUAACGGCGCAUCUUUUAUUUCUAGAUCUUAAGGGAAGGCUGCACUGUAAUCAAGAGUGCUGCUGACCGGGUGUCAUGUCAACUUUAGGCACAAUUAUUGAUGUAAAAUAAAUACAAUCAGGAACAUAGACACACUAAAGUGUUAGAUGUGUUUAACUUCACUCAUGAGAUGUUUUAGGAAAUAGUAAAAAAAAAAAAUGAUGAAUAGGACUGAAGAAGUGAGGGACGCACAGACAUGUCAAGAGAUUUUAUUCCUCCUUUUCUCCACGGUUGAUUUUUUUUGUUUUUACAUGGUCUUCCCUUCCAUUGAGCCACCUGUAAAACAAAAAAGUGUGAACAUGUAAAAAUAUUUGUACUUGGUCUAAUAAUUUUCAAAAGCAAAGGAUUUGCUCUUUUUCAUUUAGCUCGGCGCUCAGAUCAGACCGUAAAUAAAACGAAAAAGCCUCCCCUGGUCAGACGACACCGGCGUCAUUAAGCUUUUAGUGGGAAUCCCACCGUUUUGCUCUUACAAACACUCUCCUCACGCAGAUUAGCUGAAAGGAUUUUGUUAUGUUUUCCAUCUCGGCCCAUUCCAUCAUCCUGUCAGGUUCAGAUUUUACAGUAGAUGAAUGUUUUCUUUUUUUUUUUUUGUUUAAGUAAAUGUGACUCAUCCACUCCAGAGUGUGUCCUCAUUACUGCUCCACAGAGAAAUGAAGGAUCACAGUUUGUAAGUAGGGCCAUUUGUCAACCUGUUGUAUCCGAAUCUAAACGAUGUUGCGCUUAGUUAAAUUGUUGCCACACGAUAAACUGUUUUUCUUUUUAAUUUGGCAUUUGACGUCUACUUAUCCCUGUGCCAAUGCAAUCUGGAUAGAUUCUCGGAUGCGGACAGAAGAUUUGGCAUUCUGUUUAACCACACAAGUAUUUCUUUCAACAAAGAUUAAAUCUUUUUGGUAAUAUUUCAUUAGUCAUUUAAUUAGAUUGUAUAUGGAGCCAUUUGUCCUUUUCAAACCAUUAAGACCUACUGUAAGACAUCGAUGAGUAUGUUUUCUUCCUGGGACCUCAUGCAUUGACCAUGACAACUAUCCUACCUCUGCAUAAAAAGACCAACACCUCUCUGUAGGACAGCAAAUCUGUGUCACUGCGUCUUUUCACAUGAUCGGACCCAACGUUUUCCAUCCACUCUGUUCAACAGGUCAGCUCUCAUAUUUCCAAAUAAUUCAGGACCAAUGUUAUUUUUUUGCUGUUGCAUUUUCAGACCUCAGCAGUUUGUUGCUAGACUUUUUCCAUUUGUAUGCAACAUGAUUGGGAGAUGACGCUGUAACAUGAUAUGUACAAGUAAAUAGUCUUUAGUAACAUUAAAACUUGUAGAUUGUUGCCAUUCUUGAACAAAUUAUACAAGGAAGAUGAAGUAAAUCUAGCAUUUUCUAUGUAUCCCUCCUUACAACCUUUGCUUUUUUUUUGCUUGAGGGAAAAUAUUUUUGUUAGAAUCCAUAUUUGUGCAGAGCAUCAUUGGGAUUUGGAGGAGGUAUGUUUCAAUGCACCAUCUUAAGAGGAUGAAAUGUACUGUGAAACUGUUUUUCCCCCUCUUUUGUUUGUCAUGGAACAUUUUCUUCCCUAAUAAAGCUGUAUUUACACUAGA